CAGCCUUGCACGACUCGCACACAAGCUCGGAAUCCACUCGGGUCUAUUUCACACUACCCGUCAGUCUUGGAUUUUGGCCCCGUGAUUUCUACAACUUCCACGUUGUUCAGAGAUUCAUUUCAACCAUUCAUGGCUUUUCCCCAUCCGCAGGGCUCACCUACAGGAGCUACCGCCGAUCAGAUGAAUCUCACCGUAGCGUCGUCUCCUUUAACUCCGCCGUGUACUUGAAGAUGAAGUAAGGAUGCAAGUUAGCUGAGCAAGCAAGCAUCUUCUUAAGCUUGGGUUGGUAUUUUGUUGAGCCUGCUAAAGAAGCAUUGGGGGCAACUAACUGAGUGAGACAAUGAGUAACAUAACCACUUGAGCCUCUCAAGCGAUGGUAGAAGGAAACAAUGAAAAUAUUAUGGAUACGACAGAUCUGACUGACACAAGCACAGGCGAGAAACGAAAAAGAGAAGGAAAGCUUAGAUCUGUUGUUUGGCAACAUUUCACAAAGCUUAUAAGGGAGGACGGGACCUGCGAGAAAUGCAAGUGUGGCCAUUGCAAUAAGCUUUUCACUUGCUCAAGUCGAAGCGGAACAACACAUUUGCUUCGCCACUUAACUGAGGGAAGAUGUCCAGUCUUUAAGCUUGACAAGAAGGAUGACCACGCACUUACAAAUACAAUCAAUUUCAGUUGUUCGAGUGGUAAAACUGAUAGAAAAAGAACCAUGCUUCUUCCUUGGAAAUUCGAACAGCCACUUGCUCAUCAACCCAUUGAACACUCCAUUGACAUGGCCAAUGACUUCUUCAUAGGGGAGGAGGGCUUAGAAGAUCUUGACCCUCGAACCAGUGGAUACCCAGAUGGUGACUUGGUCGGACAAUCGUCAACAUCUGCUGCAUAUGCUAAACUCCCUCAACAGAACACAAAAGGAUCUCAAUUGAGUGGAGAGGCAUGGGUGAAUGAGUUGAGGGCAUGCACAAGCAAACUUGUCAAACUCACAAAUGAGCAGUUUCCUAAUAGUUUGUUCUUGAAGACUUGUUUGGCUGGAAGUGGUCCUGAUUACUCCCUACGUACAGCCAUAAAGUACUUGAAUGAAAUGGACGAUACUAUUCCAGAGUCGAGUGCAAUGUACCUAGAUGCUCUUGAUAUUAUCAGAGAUCCAGUAGAAAGGGAGUGUUUUCUUUCUCUAAACCCAGAGCCACGUAGAAAAUGGCUUCAAAGGACACUACACCGCCGAUAUCCUUCUCGUUACAAUAAAGACGUUUAAACGAAUUUUUUGUGUGUUGGAGACUUUUCAGCUUGUUGUACUGUGUGUAGAGCUUGUCUGAAUGGAAACAGGAAAGUCUAAGAAUUCUAUUGUACUUCUUGUUCUCAAUAUUUUCUUAAGUUCAAAACUAACACCGAGUUAUGUACAAAUAACAGUUAGAAAGGUAGAAAUUAAAUUUUAUGUAGGCCAAGUAUACGGGGCAUUAAAAUUGAACAUUUUCUUGAGGCAUCACUAUACGG